CUUCAGCAGAACUGAGCAGUAGGACUUACUAUCUCCCUCCACCAGCAUGGCUGUCAACAUGCCCACCAAGGAGCAGUGCGAGGGCUGGGACUCUGCCCAGUUGGCCGACUACCUCGGACAGAAUGGCAUGGCAGACUGUGCUGCUACAGCGUGGAUGAUGAAGAUGGAUGGCCGCUGGUUUCUGAAUCUCACAGAUGGUGACCUCAGCAGAUUUAACCCAAUACACAGGCCGCAAGUGCAGAAGAUGGUUCAGGACAUCAAAAAGAAUGAGGACAGCAUCUUCAACAGACUGAAAAGGUUCCAAAGCGAACAAGCAACUCUCAUUCUCAAAACUGGGAGAAGUACAUUGGACAGGUUAAAAAACAAAGCACCUCCUCAGGUACCCAGCAGAGACUACAGAGAAACCAACGGAGAUGGAAAUAACUGUUCAGGGUCUGACAAUGAGAGUGAUACCUACGAGGAACCGCAGGGUGAGCACGAUGACAGCUAUGAGCCCCCACCGUGCGAGAGAGUCUUCACCCCCACAGCCUCACUGGCCAUGCCCCGGGGACAGUAUGUAGACAGGUGCCCCAGGCGUCCUAGCCCAAACCCUCGGCCUCCCCUCAAGCCCCAUCGUCCCAAAGCCCCCAGCCCCCACCACAGAGCGAACGCACAAGAGGAAGAUGAGGAUUAUGUGAAGCCACAGGCGGAUACAGAUGACGACUACAUUGAGCCCUCGGAAAACAGUGAAUUUCCGCUCGUGAACAGACGGAACAAGCCCCUGAGGCCAGCAGCUGCAGCUGAAUUAGGCACAUUCACAGAUGUAUAUGAGGUACCAGACCUAGAUGAUGACUGUUUGCCAAGGACAAGUCCUCAUCUUCAGCCUCCGCCUCAAAGAAUACCACCGAUACCCAGCCCAAGACUGCAUGGUAGGAAGCCUGCACCUCCACCCAAGCCAGGUCCAGAUGAUGGUGAUGAUGACGAUGGCGGUGGUGACGAAGAAUAUGAAGUCUGCGAUGGAGUUGAAAGUGUUAGUAUGAAUGCAAAUACUGUGCCACUACCCAUACCUCUACCAAGAGAGCCGAGAAGACAUAUACCGCCGAAACCAAAGUUCAGCCUUUCACCCAGAGAACAAGAAGUGCCAGUGUGUAAUAGACCGAGUCCCCCAGAGCCUCGCUCCGCCUCCCCACGAAGAGGAAUACACAGAGGCAGGCUGCCCAGUCCAGCAGCAGCAAUAGACAAUGGAAAUCAAGAUUCAGAAGAGAAAGCUGGUGUUCUGCACAAGCCUUGGUACAGCAGUGCAUGUGGCCGCAAAAUGGCAGAGAGAGCGUUGCUGCGUGCAAACAAGGACGGUGCCUACCUGGUGAGGAGAAGCUCUGGGCAGGAUGUCCAGCAGCCCUUCACGCUGGUGGUGCUGUACAGCGGCCAUGUCUACAACAUCCCCAUACGCUUCCUGCCCCCCACACAGCGCUACGCCCUGGGCAGCGAGAAGUCAGGAGAGGAGUACUUCAACUCAGUGGCACACAUCAUUGAGAACCACCAACGCAACCCUCUGGUCCUGAUCGACAGCCAGAGCAACACCAAGGACUCUACCAAGCUGCUGCACCCCGUCCAGGUCUGAGAGCCGCGGGGCAGAGUGGACAAAAAUAGGAGAGGAGAAAACCUUCCAGGGUGUAGAAUACUUGCAGGGUCUGUCUCGAAAUCACUCAUCUGCCGUCUCCUCAGGCUUCUGGCCUCGUGUCUUCCACCUGUUUUGAUCAUAUUGUUUCCUCCACACGAAACAAUAAGGUCACUGUCAAGAAGCUCAGAGUUUUUUUUCCCAAUUCAAAAUCUUGAUUUCAACUGAGAUGAGUAAAUUCUGAAGUAUGUUUUUGCAAGGCUUUGAAAAAAAAAACCUACUCUCAUUGAGAUUCCAUUGAUGACGCCAAGGCUCGAGGCCUGAGGAAAGCAGACACCUCAAGAGAAACACACAUGAUGGGGUGUGAGUCAGUCUGUGUCCUCCUGUCCUUUCCUGAUCAAAGUUAAUAUCUUGCUGAAACAAAAUUCAAAGGCCAUUCGGUCCAACGGGGAUGUUGAAUGGGACAAAGCCCCCCUCCCAAAAAAAUCCUUCUGUGUUACUUGACAGUGAUAAGAAUGGUUUGUUUUCUCCAUUUAGUCAAGCCAAGGCGACACUGGGUGCAUUCCAGUAUGCGACCUUGCUUCAUCCACUUGGGCUUGUGGCCUCACGUUUUGCCGAUGCCCAUCCUCCGUGGAGAAAACAAUUAAGUUUCCCCAUUGUCAGCCUAGCCACAACCAUUUUUGCGGGACUAUUCUUCAUUCACCAUCCAGAUUGUAAAUGAGAAAAUUACUUUACAAUUGAGCUUUUGCGAGAUAUUGAAAUAUAAUGUUGUUGUGUCAGUGAUGUCAUGAUGUAUUACUUCCUGGUACGAGGCCAUAAGCACAAGUGGACGACCCAAGUCUGCAUUUUGGAAUGCACCCACUGAGGCAAGUAGCCAGAGGCCACAGGAAAGGAAAGGAGGAGAAAGACUGACUUGCACCCAUCGGUAUUUUGGUUGUCCGCCCCCCUUUUCGAUGGCUGGGCCCACACUCCUCUGGAUGUCACCAUGCAGCAUAAACUGUGCUCACUGGAGACUGAAGCUGAAGCUUGCUCCAUGUAUUCACUCACGAGAGUGAUGGGACUGAUAUUAUGGACCUAAUGCUAUGUGUUGAUAAAUCAUCACAAUGUUUUGUAUAGUAGUGACAGAGUGGAUUACAUGAUGCAGUAUGUGUACAUUUUAGUGGGUUGUAAGUAUUGCUCUACUGUAUUGAUUAAAAAAAAACUAUAUUUCUGUUGUUUCUUUUUGCACUGGAUUCUUUACAAAGCUGUCAAAUGAUAUUCUUUAAAAAAUGUUUUUAUUAGGUGCAGCAUUCCUUCGAGCAGUUCUUUUGCAAACAUUGCAUGUUAAUGCAUGGCAGGGGUAAUGGCCUGUGGUGAUGGUUUGUAAUAGAUUGUCAGCAGCCCUUCCCACACUGGUCAGUAGUGUGUAUUAGGCUACUAUAAAUCCUACAGCAAAGGGAACUGAGCUCCAGCUCUGUGCACAGCACUGCAUGGGGGUGGGGAUGCAGCACGGUGUCCCAAUUUAAAUCCUGCUUAGCAGGGCCGCCGCUGACAGCUUUGGCCGGGCCUAGAACAAAAUCAUCUGAAAGUACCCCCCGCUCAAAACAUACAAUUGUAAUGUGGACCCAACUCUGGCCUCCCCGUUCUCCCUGGGCCCAGGACAACUGACUACACGCACCUCUCCCCCCCAACCCCCACUCCCCAUCGGCUUCCCUGCUGCUUUUUUUAAAUAGUAAAGUCCUUCCUGGCGACGCCCCUGAAGUAUGGUAGUGAGACAGAAGGAGUGAGUGCAUUAUUACAAUUUAUAAAAUUUCAUUACAGCACUUUAUUAAUGCCCAGAAACAGCACAUGAGGAUGGUACAAAGAAAAGAAAAGAAAAGAAAAGAGAAGCACUGAGUUCAGUCUAUUUCAGGCACUUCAAAAACACCCCUUUCAUCAACACUAAAAAGCACAGCUAAAUUGUAGUUAUGGACAGAAGAGCGUCUCGAUCUGUUUUCUCUGCGCAAAAAAACCCCUCUUCAGUGCAUGGACUGUUACUUUUCCGUGGUACAAACGAUAAUAAUAAUUAUAAUUAUAAUAAUAAUAAUAAUAUAAAGCUUCUGCUGUUGACAUGGCUCAAAAUGAUGAUAAGAGAAAAUAUGAUAAAACCAAUAUAUCACAUCUGAAUUAGCUAAAGCAUGGCAAGACUUUUAGCCAAGUCAAAAGUGCUGCAAUUAUCAAGAGUGCAAAUAAAUAAAUUAUCAUCUUCAAGUCAUGGAAGAAAUAGCUAUGGACUAAUCACAUUCUGCUAUGUGGAAGGUGUUCCCUGAAAACAUUUCAGCCUACACAACUAUUGCAUUAUCAAUGUGAUGUAAAAAAAAAAAAAAAAAGGUUUUGGUCACAGAAAAAACAUUCAGACAUUUGCUGAAGGUGACAGAUUUGUUGUUUAAAUAUAUAUCUAUUUUU